AUGGUGGACAGCACGCUCACAUGCCCCACUGACGGCACCAACUGCUCCUCCCAGCUCAAGACGCUGGGCUCUGGACCUUAUCCCAACGACUUUUGCGGCCGCAUCUGCCCCUCCUUCUGCCUCACAUGCAUCGCCCCUCCAUAUGACACAGGGGGGAGUUCAGGGGGUGCUCCGUCCCAUUGCUCCCGUCUCCCUCUUUUGUUGCUCCCGCCUCUCCAUCCUGUGCCUCCCGCCGCUCUCUCCCGUCACUCCAACCGCUCCCUUCCGUUGCUCCCGUCUCUCCCUCUCGUCGCUCCCGCCUCUCCCUCCCGUCCCUCCAGCCGCUCCCUCCCGUCGCGUCGCUCCCACCUCUCCCUCCCAUCGCGUCGCUCCCACCUCUCCCUCCCAUCGCUCUCACCUCUCCCUCCCAUCGCUCCCACCUCUCCCUCUCAUCGCUCUUGCCUCUCCCUUGCUUCUCUCUCGACACUCCUAUCCUCCCUAUCCCCUUGCCCGUCACUCCUUACUAGAUCGCUCCGCUGCUCCUAUCGCUUCCUCUCUCCUCUCCCGCCACUACCUUUGACGCAUUCAUCUUGUGCUUUCGUCCCUCUUGUCGUCGUGUGCCUCCCUUGA